UUCGAUGAGUCCAGUGGACCUUUAAUAGAUAUAUGGUCAGAACCGAAUAAAUAUCGAGAAUACGCUGAUGUUCUUGUUGCACCGAAAUUCAUAAAUUCCUUCCUUCGUUUACUUAAAGAUCAAAACAUCACUGCUUUCAGAAUCAUAAAGCACGAUAUUCAACGUGAGAUUGAUCGCCAGAAAAGAGAUUUACAAAGAUCUACUGAACGAUCGAAGCGAAGCUCUAAUAGCGUAUCAAAUAUAAAUGACUUCAAUCUCAUUGCUUACCAUCGUUACGAUAAAAUUGCGCGCUUUAUUUAUGAUCUUGCUGAAAUAUUUCCGGAAUUGGUUACGACCAUCAACAUUACAAAAACGUUCGAAAAGCGCGAUAUGGUUGGAUUAAAGAUCGGUAAAAAAUCACCUUAUAAACCAGCUAUAUUUAUUGACGCUGGAAUACAUGCCCGCGAAUGGAUUGCACCUGCCGUCGCGAUCUACGUCGCACAAAAGCUGAUCAUGAGAUAUGGCAGAGAUGAAAUUAUCACUAAAAUGGUCGAUAAAUUUGAUUGGUACGUUAUUCCUGUGGCAAAUCCAGAUGGUUACGAAUACAGUAUGACAACGGAUCGACUGUGGAGAAAGACAAGAUCACGCAAUCUCACCAUUAAUAAAUGGUGCGUUGGAGCAGAUGCCAAUCGCAAUUGGGGCUAUCGCUGGGGAGAAGCGGGAGCGAAUCGAAGUCCAUGUUCAAAUAUAUAUCCAGGAUCAAAACCUUUUAGUGAAAUUGAAGUAGCGGGAAUUAGAGAUUAUAUAACUUGGCAGAUACCGGAUCUCAAGAUCUACGUCAGUUUACAUAGCUAUGGUCAACUGCUUUUGGCUCCAUGGGGAUAUACGCAUGAUAGACCGAAGAAUUAUUACGACCAGAAAGCAGCAGCUCAACUGGCUGUUGAUGCAAUUCGUAACAGAACUGGUGCUAAUUACAAUCACGGUACAAUUUCUGAAUUAAUGUAUACAGCUUCUGGAACUAGUAUCGAUUACAUGCAAGAUAAAGGUGUUCCUUAUAUAUACGGGAUCGAACUGCGACCAGAAGAUGGUGAUAACGUUUCUGGUUUCACCAUACCAGCCAGGUAUAUCAAACCAACAGGCGAAGAAAUGCUUUCUGCAUUUUUGUCAAUGGCACAAUACGCUAUCAAUAACAAGAUGCUUUGA